AUGAAGGUAUCUCUUUCAUUGUUAGGCCUGCUGCCUCUCGUGGCAGGCCUAGGCCAGCAACCCAUCAUCGCUUUCAACAAAUCCGAUGAUGCUUUUAUGAUUGCAGGCAAAGAUUCCGGCAAGGGACAGAUUCGCGUCUCCAAGGAUGAAUAUUGGGGCGUCAUUCGUGCUGCGGGUGAUCUUGCCGUCGACUUCGGCCGUGUUACUGGCACCAACCUCACUCUUAGCAAUGGAGAGAAGGAUGCAUCACCAGCAAAGUACAAAUUUGAGCCCGUGGAUGUGAAAAACAACACCCAUUACCACACCCUGAAAGAGGAAGAAUUCUCUGGCCCAGCAUACUUAGACCCCGAUGCCGCCAACACCGUCAUCAUAGCAGGUACAAUCGGCCACUCUGAGCUCAUCGACAAACUCAUCGACGAUGGUGUCAUUGACGUCAGUAAGGUCAAGGGCAAAUGGGAGUCAUUUGUCAGUCAGCUCGUCAAAGACCCCAUCAAUGGCACUGCUCAAGCCCUUGUUAUUGCUGGAAGUGACCCGAGAGGAACUAUCUACGGUAUCUACGACGUCAGCGAGCAGAUCGGAGUGAGUCCUUGGUACUGGUGGGCCGAUGUACCAAUCCGAAAGCGAGAUGAAAUCUACGUCGUGUCUAAGCCCAAGGUGCAGAAGUCACCUUCGGUGCAAUACCGUGGAAUCUUCCUCAACGACGAGCAGCCUGGACUUUCAAGUUGGGUCGGCUCUCGAUGGAAGCCCACUUGGAACAAUGCCGCCCCUUACAACCAUGAGUUUUACGCCCUGGUCUCAGAGCUACUUCUACGUCUGCGAGCCAACUACCUCUGGCCCACUGUCUGGGGCAGCAUGGUUUACAUCGACGACCCUUUCAACCAGCCACUUCUGGAUGCCUACGAGAUUGUCCUUGGAGGCUCACACACCGAGCCCAUGAUGCGAGCCCAGAACGAGUUCCGGACAUUCUACAAAGGAGACUGGCAGUACCACACUAACAACGAGACUAUCGAUGAGUACUUCCGUUACGGAGUUUCAAGAGCCAAGCCAUAUGCCAGAAACAGCGUGUGGACUAUGGCAAUGCGAGGAACAGGCGACACAGCCAUUGAAGGUGAUCUUGGCGUCGAAGGCAUCAUCGAUAUGCUGGAGACUCUUGUCGACAAUCAACGAGAGAUCCUCCGUAAAGGCCUCAAGGUUGAUAACCUGACCGACGUCCCCUCCUUAUGGUGUCUUUACAAGGAAGUUCAGUCCUACCAGGAAAGUGGCCUCAGCGUUCCCGAAGAUAUCACUCUUCUGUGGGCAGACGAUAACUGGGGCAACAUCCGUCGCCUCCCCCUCGCCAACGAAACUGAUCGUUCCGGUGGCGCUGGUGUUUACUACCAUUUCGAUUACGUUGGUGACCCCAGAAACUACAAAUGGAUUAACACUAUCCAACUCCAGAAGACCGCCGAGCAGAUGACUUUGGCUUACCAUAGAAAUGCCCGCCGUAUCUGGAUCGUCAACGUUGGUGACCUCAAGCCUAAGGAGAUACCCAUCAGCCACUUUAUGGAUCUAGCUUACGACACAGAGCGAUGGGAGGCUGACGGUACUACCAAAUGGACUGAGGCUUGGGUCGCGAGAGAGUUUGGCAUUGAGCAUGUCGAAGCCGUCACGAGUAUCAUGAACCGGUACGGUAUGUACGCAGCUCGUCGCAAGUUCGAGUUGUUGGAGCCGCAAGUCUACUCCGUCAUCAACUACAACGAAGCCGAAGCCAUUCUGGAUCAGUGGGCUACUCUGAAGAAAGAUACACAAGCUGUUUAUGACAAGCUGGACGAUGAUUACAAGCCCGCAUUUUUCGAAAUGCUUCUCCACCCCGUUCUAGGUGGUGAGAUCGUAAACAAGAUCCAGAUCUACGGAGCCAGAAACCAGCUGUAUGCUGGGCAGAAGCGAAACUCAGCCAACGAUGUCAUCUGGAAGUCUGUGGACCUCAUGUAUAAGGAUUCAAACUUGACACAAAGAUGGAACGAAGUGCUCGACGGCAAGUGGGCGCAUUUGCUCGAUCAAACACAUCUGGGCUACGAUGGAUACUGGCAACAGCCUAUGAGGAACACUCUUCCGGACCUCAGAUUUGUUCAAGAUGUCUGGCCAUCGCUUGGCGGUGAAUACGGUGUCGGCGUCGAGGGAUCCAACGCCACCAUCAUGGGAGACGACCGCUGGCACUCAUUGUCUUCCAACGUCCUCAACCUUCCUCCUCUAGAGCCCUUCGGAGCCCAGUCACGAUAUAUCGAAGUCUUCCACCGAGGCUCCAAGUCUUGCAACUGGUUCGCAGCACCUUGGGAGGAUUAUGUCCAGCUUUCACAGUACAACGGUACAGUUGGAGGCCAUAACGGUUCAGAUAGCCGAGUUUACGUUACAGUUGAUUGGGAGAAGGCCCCCAAGGCACCCAACACGACGGCGGUCUUUAUCAACGUGACAAGCGACUGUCAAGGCUUUGAGAAGUACAGUGGACAGAACCCACGAGUGGUUGCGACAGUCAUCAACCGAGAGCUGCCUGAUAGCUUUGAGGAAGGAUUUGUCGAGUCUGAUGGACACGUUUCGAUCGAAGCGUCGCACUACCAAAAGAUACACGAGGGAGAUUCGGACGACUCAGACCUUAAGUACCACACUAUCAAGAACUACGGUAGAACUCUGGCGGGUGUUGGACUGUACCCUCUCGACACCGAGAAAUUGGAAGCUGGAGAGGGCCCUGCUCUGGAGUACGACAUGUACCUUUUCAGCAACAGCUCCGCCGCCAACGUAACCGUCUACAUGUCCCCCGGCGCCAACUACCUCGGAGACCGAAACCCACUCGAGUACGGAAUUGCAUUGUUCCCCGCCGGAAAGAAGCAGCCUGACCCAACCAUCGUCCGGCCCAUUGGUCCGAACAAGGGCACCAACAUGCCUGAUGGAUGGGGCUAUGCUGUGGGCAAUGCUGUCUGGGGCGUGUAUGGAAACUACACUACGUCUUCGUUCGAUGUACCCAAAGAGGGCGCUUACACUCUUCGCAUUUGGGCCUUGUUGCCUAACAUUGUGAUUCAGAAGAUUGUGGUUGACCUGGGUGGUGUGAGAAGUUCUUACCUGGGGCCACCUGAGAGCUUCUUGUUGGGACGGGAUGAGCAAGGAGAAUACAACGGUACUUCGUUCUCGAGUACGCCCGAAAUUGUGGGAGGAACAUUUGAAGGUUCGUCUUAG